AUGGCGGCGGCGGCGGCGGCUCAGGGGGGCGGGGGCGGGGAGCCCCGGGGAGCCGAUGGGGUCGGCCCGGGGGUCCCCGGGGAAGUGGAGGUCGUGAAGGGGCAGCCGUUCGACGUGGGCCCACGCUACACGCAGCUGCAGUACAUCGGCGAGGGCGCGUACGGCAUGGUCAGCUCAGCCUAUGACCACGUGCGCAAGACCCGCGUGGCCAUCAAGAAGAUCAGUCCCUUCGAACACCAGACCUACUGCCAGCGCACGCUGAGGGAGAUCCAGAUCCUGCUACGCUUCUCCCAUGAGAACGUCAUCGGCAUCCGGGACAUUCUUCGGGCUCCCACCCUGGAAGCCAUGAGGGAUGUCUACAUCGUGCAGGACCUCAUGGAGACAGACCUGUACAAGUUGCUCAAAAGCCAGCAACUAAGCAACGACCACAUCUGCUACUUCCUCUACCAGAUCCUGCGGGGUCUCAAGUACAUCCACUCGGCCAACGUGCUCCACCGGGACCUGAAGCCCUCCAACCUGCUCAUCAACACCACCUGCGACCUUAAGAUCUGUGAUUUCGGCCUGGCCCGCAUUGCAGACCCUGAACAUGACCACACCGGCUUCCUGACGGAGUACGUGGCCACGCGCUGGUACCGGGCCCCAGAGAUCAUGCUCAACUCCAAGGGCUAUACUAAGUCCAUCGACAUCUGGUCUGUGGGCUGCAUCCUGGCCGAGAUGCUCUCCAACCGGCCCAUCUUCCCUGGCAAGCACUACCUGGACCAGCUCAACCACAUUCUAGGCAUCCUGGGCUCGCCGUCCCAGGAGGACCUGAACUGCAUCAUCAACAUGAAGGCCCGGAACUACCUGCAGUCCCUGCCUGCCAAGACCAAGGUGGCCUGGGCCAAGCUGUUUCCCAAGUCAGACUCCAAAGCCCUGGACCUGCUGGAUCGGAUGUUGACCUUCAACCCCAACAAGCGCAUCACUGUGGAGGAGGCCCUGGCUCACCCCUACCUGGAACAGUACUAUGACCCGACGGACGAGCCGGUGGCCGAGGAGCCCUUCACCUUCGACAUGGAGUUGGAUGAUCUACCCAAGGAGCGGCUGAAGGAGCUCAUCUUCCAGGAGACGGCCCGCUUCCAGCCGGGGGCUCCGGAGGGGCCCUAGCCUGCGCGGCAGCCCUGUCCCCGGGGCCUGGGCCUGCCUGCUGCCUGCCCCUCUACGCUCGGACUGUUAGAAAACGGACACUGUGCCCGGCUGGGGCGGAGUGUGGGCCUGGCCCCAUCUCGCUCCUGCUUCAGACAGGCCAAGAGCCCCCUCCCCCCUGCUCCUGCCAGGGCCUGAGGGCCUCGGGCGACCCCACAGUAGAUCUCCCCCCAGCUCUGCCUCCAUCUACCCUGGCUAUCCCAGGCUGGUCCUUCUGGACCUCCGGAGGGGCGGGGCGGGGCGGGGACACUGAGCAGGGACUCAGGGCAAACCCUGCCCCCUCCCCCUUACCCCCCCCAUCUCCCUGGGGGAACAUUCCUGAGUCUCAAGGGCUAGUAUCCCUGAGGAGAGGGCCCCCCACCCCGGCCUCAGCCCCUCCCCCCAAAGCUGCCACAUUAACGUCCUCGCUGCUUCUGUGUGUGGGUGAGCGGGAGUGGGGGCGCCCCCGCCCGCCCCCGUGCCUGUAUCUAAUAUAUAAAUAUAGAGAUGUGUAUAUGA